GAGGCAGGUCCCCCCAACGCCUUCCCCGCGUCACCUAUGGCCCCUGGGGAAAGAGGAUGAUGACUGGGGGUUCUGCCGGGUCUGGACGCCGGUCCUUUUCUAGCAAUAUUGUCACAACGCCUGAACGCCCUCGCACCGCGAAGGCUCUCGGCUGCAAAAACCCCAAUCAUCACCAGAGUUGCGAAGCGGGCUUGGAAGGCAGAAGAUAUUCAAGGUUACAUUUUGGUACUUUCAAAGGUUCGUCCUAUGAGAAGAACAGCCAAUUACAGCAGUAUAUUCUAGAUUACUCCUUACGGGAGCACCCUAUCCUAAAGAAGUUGAGAUUGAUUACAUCACAAUGUCGUCAUGGCUUUAUGAUGGUGUCUUGUGAUGAGGCCCAGCUUCUGGCAAACCUGGCAAAGCUGAUCAGAGCAAAGAAAGCAAUUGAAGUUGGUGUUUUUACAGGCUACAACACUUUAAGUAUGGCUUUAGUCCUACCAGAGGAUGGCAGAAUUGUUGCCUGUGAUGUCAGUGAAGAGUAUGUCAAUAUUGGGAAGCCUCUCUGGAAAGAGGCAGGAGUAGAUCAUAAAAUUGACCUAAGGAUAAAACCAGCCAUCCAAACUUUGGAUGAACUUCUAGCAAAUGGUGAAGCUGAAACCUUUGAUUUUGCUUUCAUCGAUGCUGACAAAGAGAGUUACAAUGAUUACUAUGAAAAAUGUUUACGCCUCAUAAGAAAAGGGGGAAUAAUAGCUAUUGACAAUGUUUUGUGGUCGGGGAAGGUACUUAAACCAGCAAGUCAUGAUAUUGCCCAGAUGAUGCAUCAGUUGAAUGAAAAGAUAUUCCAUGAUCCGCGUGUGGUCGUAAGCAUGAUCAUGAUGUGGGAUGGCCUGACAUUGGCAUUCAAGCUCUAAUGGAGGAGGAGGAGAAAGAGGAGGAGGGUGGCUUUGAAGAAGCAAGUAGGCUGAGCCCUGAAAACCUCUUCACAUAUUGGGAAUGAAUAGGAAGCAUACAAUUAUGUGUAUUUUGAUCUUGUCUCAGCAAAAUAUUUCAGGCUUCAAAUAGUAAUAUAAACAAAGAGGAGGUCACUCCAAUUAUUUUCUUAUCUGCUACAGCGAUGGCUAACAAUCAUGGACAGAAUUAUGAAGAAAUUGCCUUGUAUGUUUUCAAGAUAAAAUGGAGGCUGUUUUUUCACA